AUGGCACGUUCCACCUGCGUCUGCGUCUAUUUGGUUCUGAACGUCGCGCCAGUCGCCAAUUCCUUCAGGGAUACUUGGGACUACAAUGCCGGUUCUUGUCCCGUUAUUGACCGCAUCUACUUGAUCACUUGGACGCCUGGUAUGCGUGAUUCUUUUGACAACUAUCGGGAGUCUGUCGCGAAGAGACUGAAGGACAGGAAGAAGCCCAAGGAAGUCAAGCGCUUCCGUGCUGAGUCACGUACUUGCCUCCUGGGCGACCCAGGGCAGUCGGCAUCGUUGUGCAAUGAUCGGAAUUGCCAUCUCUGCAGGGCAAUCGAGACUGGGUUCGAGUCUACGCUUCGCCACAAGCGUUGUCUGGUGUAUAAUGGCCAGUUGGAAUCGUGUCGUUUCGGAGGCGGGAUCUAUAUGUCGCCAGCCUCCUCCAAGGCGUUCAACUAUGCAGUCAACGCUGGUUACGGCUCACAGUAUAAGGCUGUGCUGGCAACAAGAGUCAUCCUUGGCAAGCCGCAACAAUUGGCCUGGGACGAGAACUACAGACUUGAGCCAGACCUAGGCUAUGAUUCCAACCUUCAAGUUGAAGCGCGCCCUGCGGAUGGUGGGCCCAUUGAACUCGUCGUGUAUAACCACAAUGCUGUUCGUGCAGCGUAUCUUCUUAUUCUGAAGCAGUAG